AUGACGACUCCAGAAGAGACAGACUCCGCAUCUUCAAGCCGUCGCAAAGCCUGCGACUUGUGCUUUACGAAAAAGAUUAAAUGCGAUAUGCUUAAACCCGACUGUUCAAAUUGUAUCCUUUAUAAUACAAGCUGUCGCACCAGCGUCAUCAGGCAAAAGACCAGUUCAGCGAGGGGCAGAAUAGCCAAGCAACAACAAGACAACAGACAAGAAAGUCUUGAAGCGCGAUUGAAGCGCAUAGAGGAACAUCUUGAGCAUGUUCUCCGAACCGCAAAAGACGCCCAAGCUGCCAAACCAACAUACUCACCAGAAAGCCAGUCCAGUCCUGGCGAUUCAGCAGAGUCUGUCACCAACCAGGGCGGAGUUGAUCAAGAUCUAGCGAAACUAGGCGUCUACUCCUGGAAAUUCGACCCAGUCCGUCCAUCUGUCUACGAAGGUUCCCCUCCAAACACCUUUGAUCUCCCACCCCUCGAAGAAAUCCUCCCUAUAAUAAACCACUACUUCUCCACCUUCAACACAGUAAUCCCUCUCUUCCAACAACCAUCAUUUCUCAAACUAGUUACAAACUGGUACAAUAACCCUGCAUCUCAGGAUAGAGCAACAUGGGCCGCCAUUCAAACUGUCCUCGCAAUUGGGUAUCGCACACCACAGCUUUCACUCACAGAUUCCCAAGCGGUACACAUCGAGAAGGCGGACCAGUGCCUACGGAAUGUGCAGAGCGUGGUUUCAGAGCUUGUCACAAGGGAAGAGGACUUAUUGGGAGUUCAAGUGCUGUUGGGGAUUGUGAUGCUGUUCCAGAACAGUAGGGAUCCGAAGCCUGCGGGCGUGCUUAUCGGGACGGCUUUGAGGUUGGCGCAUCGGUUGAGAUUGCAUUCGCAGGAGGCUAUGAUGCGUUUUCCUGCUGCAGAGGCGGAGCAUCGGUCGAGGGUGUUCUGGAUUGCUUAUGUUCUUGAUAAGGAUAUUGGGUUGAGAGGAAACACACCUUCGUGUCAGAAUGAUGACGAUAUCGAUAUCGCUUUGCCGACGAUGGCACCAGCUGAUAGCGCUGGAUUGAUAUGGACGCAGAAUGGCCAAGUACACUUCAACUACCACCGACGACGUGUUGAACUCGCCUACAUUGAGGGUAAAGUGUACGACCUGUUGCACUCCAAUCGCGCUAGCAGGAUUACGUCUCAAGAACUCCAAAGACGGGUAGCGCGUCUUCAAAUCAUGCUGGAUCAAUGGUACGAGCGCAUCCCAAAGGCCUUCCACAUAGAGUAUGUCGUUGCGACCGUUGGACCAAGCCAGCUUGUGCAGAUGACCAAGAUGCACCACGCUUUCUUAUUGACUGAGGUUAUGAUUCACGGGAUAUACAGUUAUAACCAAGAUUGGCAGAAGAGAAUUAGUUCAUUUGGGAAAGAGGCGAUAUCUGGGAGUGAUCAACUUGGCAGGAACAAAGAACAAGCACCUUUGCCGGAGGGGUGGAACCAAUGUGUCGACGUGAGCAGAGGAUGCAUGAAGUUAUUCCAGGAAGCAACCCCGACAGAAUGUUUAGUCUGGGCAUGCAGCUACUCCCACUUCUCAGCACUAAUAGUCCUCCUCGCCAACAUGAUCCUACAUCCAGGCCACGAAUCCAUCCACGUCGAUCAGCACAUCUCCAUAAAAGCGCUCGACCUGUUCGAUAAGCUGCUAAAGGUCGUCGACGAUGAGGCUUUUAGAGCAUUGCGCUCUGUUGUGGGAGAGUUGAGCCAGAGAGCACAAGAAGCUGUGGCUGCGCAUAGACAAGAGCUUCGGAGUCUGGGCAGGGAUAUUUAUGAGCCGAUUGUUGUUGAAGAGACGGCUGUGUCGGAGCUGAACUUUUUACCGACGGGCGAUGCAUUUGAGAGUAUGGAAGGGCCUUUUGAGGGGUUGGAGUCGGGGGUUGAGCUUGAUGAUCUGGGAUUUGGAGGGAUGGAGUUUGGAAAUGGGGUUGAGGUUGGCGAUUCCUGGUUUCUACCGGGAUGA